ACCACUUGGAUUAAGGAUUCCAGUGGAGCGAGGAGGAACCUUCAAGUGCUGGGUCAGGGAAACUAAACUACAGGUCUGUGCUCCUUCAAACGGACACUCAGAAGAGCAACUGAAGAGAUGGACAGAUGGAACCAGGAGGAACACCAGGCCGGGGCUGACACAGACUAACAUGACCUCUCCAUCUGGCUAUUUAACCUGAUCUAACCCUUCUGAAGACUGUUACAGGACAGAUGACUGACCAUUUGGACUGAAAUCCCGCAGAAGUUGGAGGCAGUUCACUAUGGAUUUAUACAAAUGUUUGAGUAUACUUGUCUUCAGUCUUCCUCCACAAGUUUGUUUCCAAGUUGGACCUCGUGCCCACGCUGAAGAGAGGCUGCUCCAUGAUCUGUUCGUACAUUACAAUAAGCUCUCCCGGCCUGUGGAAAACACCUCAGACACAGUGCUAGUCCACUUUGGACUGUCUAUUGCCCAGCUUAUUGAUGUGGAUGAGAAGAACCAGAUGAUGACCACAAACGUCUGGGUCAAGCAAGAAUGGAACGAUUACAAACUCCGCUGGAACCCGGAAGAAUACGAAAAUGUAACUUCCAUCCGUAUACCCUCAGAGAUCAUCUGGAGGCCCGACAUCGUCCUCUACAACAACGCUGAUGGCGACUUUGCGGUAACUCACCUCACUAAGGCACAUCUGUUCUAUGACGGUCAGAUAAAAUGGAUGCCACCGGCCAUUUACAAGUCUUCAUGCAGCAUAGAUGUCACCUUUUUUCCUUUUGACCAGCAAAGCUGCAAGAUGAAGUUUGGCUCGUGGACCUAUGACCGCGCCAAAAUCGAUCUGAUCAGCAUGGCCAGUGAUGUGGACCAGAUGGACUACUGGGAGAGCGGCGAGUGGGUCAUUGUCAAUGCUGUGGGCAAGUACAAUACCAAAAAGUAUGAAUGCUGCACAGAGAUCUACGCAGACAUCACUUACUACUUCAUCAUCCGGAGGCUUCCGUUGUUCUACACCAUUAACCUUAUCAUCCCCUGUCUUCUUAUCUCCUGUUUGACUGUGUUGGUGUUUUAUUUGCCAUCGCAAUGUGGAGAGAAGAUCACCUUGUGUAUCUCAGUGUUACUGUCCCUAACGGUAUUCCUCCUGCUGAUCACAGAGAUCAUACCAUCUACAUCACUGGUUAUUCCACUGAUUGGUGAAUAUCUGCUGUUCACCAUGGUCUUUGUCACACUCUCCAUCAUAAUUACUGUCUUUGUGCUGAAUGUACAUCACCGAUCACCACAAACCCAUGGCAUGCCUCACUGGGUGCGGAGAGUAUUUUUGGACAUGGUGCCUCGAGUCCUCUUCAUGAAGCGUCCGCCAGGCACAGCCAAGCAGAACUGCAAAAAGCUUAUCGAGAUGAUGCACCGUCCUACCACCAUAUCUGCAACAGGCAAUUCACAAGCCUUUUGGACAGGGUUAGAGACAGGGUUGAGACAGAUGGGGCAGGUAGAGAAUACACUCCUAAAGACUCCAUCCAACAGUCCAAGCAUCCUUGUCUGCUCACCUUCUCCAGUCUCUUCCCCUCUUGAGAACCGCAACGAGGAUGAUCACCCACUAAAGGCCAACAUUUUCUGCCAGUCCGCAUCCGGUCAGUAUUCAGUUCUCUCCGAGAAACAGCCUCUACGUGCCCACAACUCUGCAGCCUCGUCUUCUUCCCAAUUGUCCUUGGCCCCAACAUUGCCACUGGGCCCACUCUGCAGCCUAUCCACGGAAGAACCAAUUACACUGGCCCCAAAUGGCCGAUCUCUCAGCGUAGAGCAAAUGUGUGACCAACAGAAGGAGCUUCCUCAGAGAGCUGGGCAUCGGUGUCGCUCCAGCAGCUUCCAGUACUGCUGUCUGCAUGAUGAAGGGCCUGGGCUCAUGGCAAUUGCAGGGUGGGUGAAAAAACAAAGCCCUACAGAUCACUUAGCAGAAACCCUCACAGUAGAGUCCACUAAAGACCUGCGUACUCAACAGGGCACCUUGGUUUCAACUAUUUCCCCAGCUAUGCAACGGGCCAUAGAAGGAGUUCAGUAUGUCGCUGAUCAUCUCAGGGCUGAGGAUGCAGAUUUUUCAGUGAAAGAGGACUGGAAGUAUGUGGCCAUGGUCAUUGACCGGAUAUUCCUCUGGAUGUUUGUACUGGUGUGCAUACUGGGAUCUGUGGGACUCUUUCUUCCUCCUUGGCUGGCAGGAAUGAUCUAGAAUCUCACCAUUGAAGGAAACUACUACUAACACUGAAAGGAAGACUUAUCUUGUACAAAAAAAUCAUUUAUCUUUUAAUUUUUCUAAGGAACUACAAGUCACACUCCUUGAUGUUGCCUCAGGUUAUCAAAAGGUUACUCACGGAGAAACGAGAUAAAAUAUCUCUCAUUGAUUCCAGUGGGCAUAUAAAUUCUUUAUGAGGGCAAAAGGCCAACAGCGAAAAUAUCGCUCCACACCAUUCCAUUUUGACAUUGAGCCGUAUAGCUCAUGCUGUCACCUUCAUAAAAUAAAACAGAAUAAGAAGAAGAAGAAGAAAGUUUAGUGAGAUUAGAACGUAAGAUGUUUAGAGUUAAGUUCGGUUUUGAGUUUAAAUUUUAACAUUCCAAUUACAAUGUCAAUGUUAUAGUAUCCUUACAGUGUGUGUGUGAAUGUGUGUUCAGGUGUGACACUUUUUUUCAAUAGUCACUGCUUAGGUAAGCACACAUACAGCUGUGUGAUUUUCAAAGUAUUCAAAUAAACGCAUCUAUUCAAUAUUUCUUUGUCCAGUCAUGGAUAGCCCUUCCCCCCUUAACCCCA